AUGGAACCUAAGCGAAAUAGCGGGUCCCUGGCCAAGCAUGACCUGCCACAAUUCUAUCUUUUGAUCAUGCUAUAUCUGGUUCAAGGUAUACCUGUAGGCUUGGCGUUUGGUACGGUACCAUUUUUACUGAAGUCGAUGGCAAAGGAGACGUCGUUCACAUCAUUGGGCAUUUUCUCUAUGGCUACAUAUCCAUAUUCUUUGAAGAUUCUAUGGUCCCCUAUAGUGGAUUCACUGUAUAAUAAACGCAUCGGCAGAAGAAGGUCAUGGAUCAUCCCAGUGCAGUUCGUUAGCGGAUUUGUACUAUGGGUUUUGGGUUGGUGUAUAUCGCAAGGCAUAAUAUUCGAUGGGGUGGACGAUGCGUUCCACGGCCGCGGGAACGGUUCUCUGCAUAGCGUUAACAUAAGGAACUUGACGUGGUGGUUUGGGCUCUUAGUUUUCCUAUGCGCCACUCAAGACAUUGCAGUUGAUGGGUGGGCCUUGACCAUUCUGUCGAAAGAGUCUUUAUCUUAUGCUUCCACUGCGCAAACGAUGGGUUUGAACAUCGGCUAUUUCAUGUCAUUCACCAUUUUCCUAUCGUUGAACUCGUCUGAUUUUGCCAACAAGUAUUUCAGGAAACUUCCAUUGGAUUACGGAUUUAUCAGUUUGGGUGGAUACAUGAAAUUCUCGGGGAUACUGUACAUUGUGAUAACCGUAUACAUCAUAUUUUGCACCAAGGAAAAACCGUAUCAGGAGUACUUGCCCAAAGUGGAGCCAGCCAAGUCGGAAAAUGGCGAACCUAAAAUCCUAGCUAUCAAAUACGACGAUGGCGAUGUGGUGUCUGCCCAGAAUACUAGUAGUGUAAGGUAUAUUUAUCAUUGUUUCAUAAAAGUGUUGAAGUUGAAAUCCGUGAGAAGUUUAGCCUUUAUCCACAUGAUUUCCAAGUUCGCCUUCCAAUGUAAUGAGGCAGCUACGAAUCUGAAACUACUGGAGCAAGGUUUCAAGAGAGAAGACCUGGCUGUUACGGUGCUGAUAGACCUGCCUUUCGAAUUAAUAUUCGGAUAUUACGUUGUCAAGUGGAGUUCCAACAAGGAUCCAAUUACUCGUGACAACAGAAGACUAAGAAACACGGGCACUAAUAAGUUUGUCAAGUUCUUGGUGGGGGAUGCUGGUGUGCUGACGCCGUGGCUGUGGGGGUUUCUGGGUCGUUUGACUGCGGCAGUCUUGGGCAGCUACGUGGUGAAGCGGUUCCCCAAGGGCGGCGAGAUCUCCACCAAGUACUUCUGCCUGGUGAUAUUUCAGCACCUGCUGGGCUCAUUUAUGAACACCGUCCAGUUCAUCGGGAUCUCGGCAUUUCACACACGAGUCGCGGACCCUGUUCUGGGCGGUACGUAUAUGACGUUGCUGAACACGCUAAGCAAUUUCGGCGGGACAUGGCCGCGGCUGAUCAUAAUGGCGAUGAUCAACCACUUCACCGUAUACGAGUGUGUCAUCCCGGACACUAACAAAGUGUAUGUGACCCACGGCGGUAACAUGCAAGCGUGCACCGACGUCCUGAAAGGCUCCGUAACCGUCUUGCGCGACGGCUACCACAUCACCAACAUCGUAUGUAUCACAGUUGGGAUCCUCCUGUACUUUGGAUACCUGAAGAAAAAGAUCCUCCACCUGCAAAGUCUGCCGAUCAGCUCCUGGAGAUGUACGUAA